ACCCACUUUCAUUUUCACUCUCGGCACCUCAGCUGGGUCCUGCUGGGCCGAGCUGCCCCUACCUGGACACGCACCCCCACCACAUCCCCCCGCCUGGCUGGGGGCUCAUGCCCCGCCCUGCUCCCGGACAACUGGGUCCCUGAUCGCUGCCGCAAGGAUGGGGACCCGGAAACACCUGCUGCUGGUGUGGCUGGCGUUGUGGCCCCUACUCAGCCUGGCCAAGCCAGCCUCUGACGGGCCCCACAGCCUGGCCUACCACUACGUGGGCACCUACGACGCCUCGGGGCUGCUGGAGUUCGGGGCGGCCGGGCUGCUGGACGGGGCGCCCAUCGACGGCUACGACCGGGCCACCCGCGCCAAGGUGCCCACCCAGCCCUGGGUGGGCGACGGGCUGGACGCCGAGUACUGGCGCCAGGGGGGCGUCUCACGGGCCGCCAAGGAGGACUGGUUCCGGCGCAACGUGGAGACCCUGAAACAGAGAACCAACCAGACGCAGGGCCGCCACACCCUGCAGUGGGCGCUGGGCUGCGAGCAGGAGCGCGGGGGCGUGGUCCGCGGCUGGUACCAGUUCGGCUACGACGGGCAGGACUUGGUGGUGUUCGACCGGGGGAACCGGCGCUGGCUGGCGGCUCUGUCCUGGGCCGAGGCCACGCGGCGCCGCUGGGACGCCCAGCCCGAGUUCGGGGAGCGGCUGCACCACUACCUGGGGGACACCUGCAUGGAGUGGCUGGGCCGGUUCCUGUGGAGCCGGCGAGCCUGGGCCAGGAGGGCAGCUGCCCCCCAGUUGCAGGCCUGGUCCCGCCCGACCCCCGGGCACCCGGACUGGCUGACUCUCGGGUGCCUGGCCUGGGGGUUCCCGACGCGGGACAUCAAGGUAUCCUGGCUGCGGGGGAACGCGACCCUGCCGGGGGCCAAGGCAGGCGCGGGGCUGCCCAGCGGGGACGGGAGCUACCAACGCCGGAGCUGCCUGGUGGUGCCCAAGGGACAGGCCCAGGGGGUGCGGUGCCAGGCCUUGCAUGGGGACCUGGAGACGCCGCUGGAGACUACAUGGGCCCCCAGGAGCGUGUCGUGCAGAGGUGGCAUCUCCCCCGGGACCGUGGCCGGGGCGGCUCUGGGGGCGCUGGGAGGCCUGGCCGGGGGGCUGCUGCUGCUGCUGUGGAGGAGGCGAGCUGGCUGGAGGCUGGGACAGUCCAAACUGGGCCUGGUCUCAGAGGAAGAGGUGCCCGAAGACAGCUGAUCCCGUGGGUCUGGCCAGAUUUUCCACCCGGACGCCUGGGUUCCUAGCGGCCUGAGGCAGAUCACGUCCCCAGGCUGGACACGUGACUUGAUUCUGAAAUGUCGCCUGGACCUUGAGAACCUGGGGGCCCCACUGAUUGCCAAUUGAUUUCCACCCCCCAACUCUGCUGACCUCCGGGUUCACUGUCUCUCCUCCGUGCCCCCCGCGCUGUCCCGCCCAGGGCCGCCAUGCCAAGGCAGGAAGCUAAUGGCUGUGGAAGGCAGGGAGCACUGUGGGAAAUCGCCCCUUUCCUUCGCUGGACGUACAGCACCGAGCACCAAAGACCGGGGCACUGCUGCAAUAUGGAUCAUAAAGAAUCGUUUGUAAUCCUCA